CAGAUUCAUGUCCAAUGACCUGUUGUUGUUAGAUCUUGCUCCAGUAUCGACUCACACUCCUCGUGCUUCUCCACUAUCAAGCUAAACCACAGACUUCCCUUGGCUUGCUUAGCCGGUUUCUGCUUUAGCCAAGGCCUAAACAACUCAACACGCUGUAGGAGACUCCGCUACCCCUGUUCCUUUUUCAACUCGAGCCACACGAUUCGUUCCUUUUGCUUUACCAUGUCCACCAACCCCUCUGAAACUGCCGGUAACGACCAACGACGGAGUAUACUGCCGUGACUGCUUACCCAACAUCCCGCCAUAUCCUCCGACGUCAUGCGGAUCACAAUCCUUCUCCCGCUCUUCUAAAGUCGUGCCCCCAGCACAUAGCGUUCAAAGAUAAGCGCACCAUGCCAUCACCUCACCCUUUCGGUUCCCCCAUUCUUGGGAAGCGCUCCAGCUCCCAUCAAGCAGAAUAUAUUAGUUGAGUGGAUUCACGGCCAAUUGAGCGUCCCCUCCACCACCGAAUACAACCCUGACUGUCAGUCACCGCGUUGCGUUGAGUUGUACAAGCCCCAACCCUGCCAACCUCACCUGUCUGUGUUGGUGAACCAGACCUUGGAGUGUUCAGACGAUUUCGUCCACCAGUCAGAAGAUCGAUCAAGAGCCUACACCUAGCCACAACCAAGGUCUACUGUAGGCAAACUUCACCUUGCCAACCAUGGACGACCCCAACCCCGCCAAGACCUCCCAUGUCUCAAGUGAUGACGAGAAAACCGACAGGCUCGUGGAUGCAAAAUCGCAAGAUGUUCCUAUCGGCUCAGGCAAGGACGCCGAAAUCUUACCCGAAAUCGACCAUGUCAAAGAGAAUGCAUUGGUCAGGAAGCUUGACAUGUAUAUCAUUCCGCCGACAAUGUUGCUCUACUUGGUCUCUUUCCUCGAUCGGGUCAACAUUGGCAAUGCGAGACUUUACGGCUUGGAGGAGGACCUCGGGCUAGAGGGAUCUCAGUUCCAGCUCGCCGUGUCAAUCCUGUUCGUGACUUAUGUCUUGCUUGAAGUCCCGUGUAAUCUCUUGAUCAAGAAACUACGUCCUUCACGGUUCAUCUCCUUCAUCUGUGUCGGCUGGGGCAUCGUUGCCACGCUCACGGGUGUCGUUCAGAAUUUCGCUGGUUUGAUAGUAUGCCGUCUUUUGCUUGGUGCCCUGGAGUCUGGUCUCUUCCCUGGAAUGACCAUCUACUUGACCUUGUUCUACACCAAGAAAGAACUCGCUCUCCGCGUUGGCUUCCUGUUCGUGUCUGCGGCAAUUGCUGGCAGCAUUGGGGGGCUUUUGGCUUAUGGCAUCGGCUUCAUGGACGGCGUGGCCGGCCAAAGAGGGUGGAGGUGGAUCCUCAUCAUCGAAGGUCUACCCAGUGUCGUCCUCGGGGUCAUCGUUUACUUCUGGCUCGCUGACGGCCCCGAGACUGCUUAUUAUUUGUCGAGCGAAGAACGUGAACUGAUGGUGAUCCGAAAGCGCCGCCAGAUUGGGCACACCACCUCGGGCGACGAAAUGCACAAGGAGGAUGUCCGCAAAGCGUUCAAGGACUGGAAGGUCUGGCUGUUUGCAUUGGGUCAAUUUGGAGUGGACACUAUGCUGUAUGGAUAUUCGACCUUUCUCCCAACCAUCAUUCGAGGGCUUGGUAGGUGGACAACUGCUCAGGUGCAGGCUCUUACCGUGCCUUGUUACGCACUGGGGGCAAUUAUGUAUCUCAUCGUCGCAUACUUCUCCGACCGGUACCAGAAACGAUUUCUGGCCGUGUUGCCCUUCGCCUGCGUCAGCAUCAUUGGAUAUGGCAUCCUGAUUGCCGAUGUUUCCUCUGGGGCCCACUACUUUGGCUGUUUCAUGGUUGCUGCAGGUCUUUAUAUUACGGUGGGAAUUCCAUUGGCAUGGUUACCUUCAAAUCUCCCGCGAUACGGCAAGCGUACCACAGCCACCGGAAUGCAGUUGACAAUUGGUAACUGUGCGGGUAUCAUGGCUCCAUUUCUCUACCAAACCCACGAAGCGCCACGCUACGUUCGCGGGCAUGCAGUGUCCCUGGCAAUGGUGGCAGCUGCAGCUAUACUGUACGCCAUUGUAUAUGGUUAUUACAAGAUGGCCAACAAAAAGCGUGCAGCGGGUGAGGAGGACUCCCUGAUUGCUGGAAAGACUGAAGAGGAGAUUGCAGAGAUGGGCGAUGAGAACCCACGCUUUGUCUAUACACACUGAUGAGUGAGCACAAUCUCGACAAAUCGACACCGUUGCAGCGGCCUUGCACGACUUCUCGUCGAAGGAGGGGGGGGCUAUCAAAUCAACGGGUUCAAUGAUGGGUGAUCGGCGUGUGUGAGGACGCUAGCUAUUCGCUCGAUCUGACUUGUCCCUCCAUACUCCGUAGUUGAACGGAUUGAUUGUCUCUCCACCUCGGCGAUCGCUCAUACGUAG